ACUUACGCUACGUCAAUCCGUGCAUGUGUCACGUGACGCUUGUUUGAAACGGAUUGUUGUCGCAUACUCUGGUAGUAAAAGACUCUUACGAGUGAAUUCAGCUGCAGCGUCAGACAUGGCGAGCUCCAAUUUAACUAAAGUGGUUCUGCUGGCCUGCGGCUCCUUCAACCCCAUCACCAACAUGCAUCUGAGGAUGUUUGAACUUGCCCGAGAUCACCUGGAAGACACGGGUCAGUUCACAGUGGUGAAAGGGAUUAUCUCCCCUGUGGGUGACGCCUACAAGAAACAGGGCUUGAUUGAGGCGUCUCACCGUUUGGAGAUGGCCAGACUGGCCACAGAAGACUCCCAAUGGAUCACAGUGGAUUCCUGGGAGUGUGAUCAGUCUGAGUGGAUGGAGACAGCUAAAGUAGUUCAGCAUCACCACAAUAAACUGCUUGUAGCGGAGGAUAACACGGACGAUGUGGACUCAGUCAGUGCCGCAAAAAAGAGACGCGUUGAGGAGAAACCACUGGACAGUUCAGGUUCCCCUCGGCUGAUGCUCCUCUGCGGGGCGGAUGUCCUCGAGUCCUUUGGAAUCCCCAACUUGUGGAAGUCGGAGGACAUCAUGGAGAUCGUAGGACGUUACGGCGUGGUAUGUGUCACCCGCAGUGGAACCGACCCACUAAAGUUCAUCCAGCAGUGUGACGUGCUGUGGCAGUUCCGGAACAACAUCCACAUCGUCCACGAGUGGGUGACCAAUGACAUUUCAGCCACACACGUACGCCGGGAGCUGCGCCGAUGUCGGAGUGUCAGGUAUCUGCUGCCAGAUGACGUCAUCGCCUACAUCCAGCAGCACAAACUGUACAGCUCUGAGAGCGAGGAGAGGAACCUCAACGAGGUUCUUGCUCCUCUGCAGAAAUCCACGGGUCCGUCCACCAGCUGAGGACAUUUGUGUGACAGACCCUGUUUUGUGUUAAUCCGUUUAGCUUUGUUCCAGCCCUUUUGCACUGUGCCUUUUGUUUAUUAGAAUUAAUUUAAUUAUUCAGAGACCCCUUCAUUUGUUGAUUCCCAGUAAUUGGAUGACCCUUUUGUUCUUUAUUUCAGCCCAGAUCGCUGUUUUGUUUAAUAAACUUCCUUCUAAGAGUUUUAA